GGUUUCAGACUUGCUUGCAAUACAUAACAAAGUAAGCAGCCAAAGUUACAUUAAAACACAAGCAUUUGGUCAAAACAACAAAGCACCUGGAAAAGGAGAUUUGAAUCUUGAGUGUUAUGGAGAUUAAGGUUGAUGAAGAAGCUGGGAUCAUCGAAGAAACUGUUCCACUCCUGGAUGAUCAAAAUCGAAAUCGGGACUUUCCUGACAUAGAAAGGAACACUAUGAUGCAAAAGGCAAUAGGUAAGACUUUUCAGACCACAGCUAAUCUAGCUAAUCUUUUACCAACGGGGACAGUUCUUGCGUUCCAGAUCUUAUCGCCAAUUUGCACAAAUGCUGGGCAAUGCGAUCUAGCUAGCAGAGUCAUGACUGCAUUGCUAGUUUCCAUCUGUGGGUUCUCUUGUUUCAUACUUAGCUUCACAGAUUCUUACAAGGACUUGAAUGGAAAUGUCUGCUAUGGAUUUGCAACAAUCCAUGGUUUUUGGAUAAUUGAUGGCUCAGCUACUCUUCCUCAAGAACGUUCCAAAAGCUACAAACUACGGUUUAUAGACUUCGUACAUGCCAUUAUGUCGUUUCUGGUUUUUGGAGCCGUGGUUUUGUUUGAUCAGAAUGCGGUUAAAUGUUUCUUUCCUGAACCAUCAGCUGAAGUAGCAGAGCUUCUCACAACUUUGCCAGUAGCCGUAGGAGUCUUCUGCAGUAUGGUGUUCGCUACGUUUCCUACUACACGCCACGGUAUUGGUUUUCCCCUCUCUGCUAAAUGAUGUUCUGAACCAAAAUGUAAAAAUCUUCAUAACCCCUUUGGAAUCUCUGAAAUUCUCUGUUGUAUCUUGUGCUUUACCAUUCUUCUGAGAUGGUCUUUUGAAUAGAAUAUCUCAAUGUUU